CGGUCGGUCGGUGUUGACGGUCACGACUCGCUCAUCAAAAAUCCAGCGGUUUUUAACGGCAGCUGUGAGGACCCACCGACCAACGCUGCACUCGCCGACCUCCCAACUAUCGCGAGAAACGGGCCAGUGCGAGAAGAACGGGGUCCAGGCAAGGCAUAGCAAUAUUCAUAUUUAGCAACAACAACAACCUUUACGAAAAUGAUUAUUCCGUGAUGAAAGAGUGGUGAAAUGUGUGGCAGCUUUACCCAAAGACACGGAUGAAAGCACUGGACUGUGAUAUACAGGAUGUGGCCGCGCUCCUCUGGCUCUAUGACAGACGAUGAAGAAGGGGCAGACCUUGUGAAUCCUCCUCUUACCUCCAGUUACUGGCUGAAUCCCAUAUUUUCUCGUUGAAACGCUGAAGUGUUGAAUUGCUCAAAAUAAUGUAGCAAACGGCUCAGCCUUUAUUUGAGCUCUUUGAAACCCCAUGGGUCUGGUGCAUUGUCUCUUCAGCUUGUCAUUUUGGAUGGGGUUGAGCGCCACACUUCAGUUCACACUCAUUUGUAAAUUAUUAGACCAAUGUGCUGUGUUUGCCCCCUGUCAGUUACCCCAGCUGUGCAAUCACUUCAGCUUUCUGUUGUAUGUUUGAAGUGAUUUGAUCCUUUCAGGAGGAUGAACGGCUCUCUUUUAACCCCGCCCAGCCCGAGGGCGGCAAACUCCUCCCCUUUACCUCCCUCACCCUCCCCAUCUCCGUCUCCACCGUCCCCGUCUUUGCUGCCCCUGUCCCCCCGGCCGCCCCCUCUCCCGCCUCUGGUGAGCCCUCCACCCCAGGCUCACCCGUCCUCCCUCUCAGACACCCCCACGCCCUCCCCUUCACCUUGCCUGAGCUGGACCGAAUUCUGUGAGCUCCACGCCCGCGUUGCAGCCGGCGACUUUGCACGCCACUUUCGGGCUUUCCUCCAGGAAAACCCCCACUACUCCCCAGAUUCAGCAGCCGCCUUCUGCCGGCGCUUCACCGACCGCUUCGUUCGUCACUUCCAGAGUGAGCUGGAGGGGGCGCUCCCGCCGAGCUGUGCUUCUGGCAGGGAUGAAAUGGUGAGCUGGGCUCCCCAGUCAGAUGUUACUUCCCUUGAAGAGGAGGCGGUGUCACCCCUGUCAGCAACCGGGGGAGCCGUUCUCCCGUGUCCCCCGACUAACAUGACACGGACUUUAUCCAAGCCUGCACCGACACGGCUGGUGCUGGAGAACCGCAGCGGGGACAGGUUUCAAGAUUCGUACGCCCACGGCCACGUCCUGCCGCCAUCGUCCUCAUCGUCAUGCUGCUCCUCAGUGGGAGGGAACAACGGGAGGCGUGAAGAGAGAGGAGCCAUGGUUGCCCCUGGGAACGGGGAGACACCGGUUGAGGAAGAGGAGGACAGCUGGCUCGGGGUGUCGUCUGUUGGGGAGGAUGUUGAGCCAGAAGAGCGGGAAGCAGAGUCCACAGAGGUGGACGGUGCUGACCCCUCCCACACUCCUCAGAUUCCACCUUCCUCAUCCUCCGUCACUCCUCCGCCCGACUCCAAAGGUAACAGCACGCCCAACUCCUCCAAAAACAAACUGAAGAAGCGCUUCUCGCUGCGGAGUGUGGGGCGCAGUGUGCGGGGGAGCGUCCGGGGGAUCCUGCACUGGAGAAGCUCCUCCAGCGACUCGGCCCAGAGCCAGCUGCCCUCCAGCUACAGCUACACCAUGGGUGUGCAGGACGCUAGCUUGGGUUCAACCUCCAAGAGGAACUCUGGUACACAGCCUCCCACACCCACCUCCUCCAUGCCUGUCUCUCUGUCCAUGCCCCUGUCCCUCCCCCACUCCUCCUCCUCCUCUCUGCCUCCCUCGUCUUCUAGCAGCGCCACCUCUCUGUCUCUGUCGGAGGCCGCCCGGGAUCGCCGGCGGAGCAACGGCGAAGGAGGCGAGAAGGAGAAGUGGAGUCAUCGCCUGGAGAAGCUCAGACUGUCACGAUCCCCUCCCCCUGUCCUCACCCCCUCCGCCGCCGGCUCUCACUCCACCUCCUCCACGCUGCCUCCGAGCAGCGCCGCCGCGGCUGCCAUGGGACCUCCGAGGAAGGUGGGCAGGCUGGUGAGGGAGGGGGGCGUGAGCGUCAGCUCAUCCAACGACGAGUUAAGCGGCAGCCACGGCUUCUCCGGCUUCUCGUUCGGUCUGCUGCACCACGGCACGGACAACAACAACGCCGCCUCAACUUCAUCUGCGGUGGCUCAGACUGGUCCGGUGCAGCCUCUGGCCAGCGGAGGGAACGUGCCGUGGAGAGGAGGUCGCUGGCAUAAGUGUCGUCUGGUCCUCAGAGAGCGGGACAGAGAGGGUGGCGAGCGGGGAGAAGAGUACUACCUGGAAUUCUUCAUUCCACCCAAGUCGUCGAAGCCCCGGCUGACUGUCCCCUGCUGCUCAAUCGUGGAUGUGAGGAGCACCACGGCGCUGGAGGUCCCUGACAAGGAGAACACCUUUCUGCUGCAGCUCGACGGCUCGGCGCAGUAUGUGAUCGAGACACGAGACGCUGUUCAGAUGAGAGCCUGGCUGAGCGACAUCAGGAACGGCAUCUGUCUCAGUGAACAGGAAGAUGCUGAAGGUGUGUGUGGGGGCCCGUUAGACAUCAGUGGAACUCCUGAGAUCGUUGACCGUCUUUCACAAGUGUGUUACGGAGGCAUCGGAGGCUCCUCACCUCUGAUGGAUCCUCUCCCGCCGGAGCUGCCGCCUCGUGCUCCUCUCGACGAACCAGACGGCCGGAUUCUCGGGGGAGGCGGGGCUAGUCUGGGCACACCUUUCGCAGAGACGCCAGAUGCCACAGGGUCCUUCCUGUUCUCUGAGGUGACGUCUGCCGAGACGGUGGAGCACCCCCUCAGCGAGUGUCAGUGGUUUCACGGCACCCUGUCCCGCCUCAAAGCUGCUCAGCUGGUGCUGGCCGGAGGCCCGGCGAGCCACGGCGUCUUUCUGGUUCGCCAGAGCGAGACGCGGCGCGGAGAAUAUGUCCUCACCUUUAACUUCCAGGGCAAAGCCAAGCACCUGCGUCUGUCCCUGAACGAGGACGGUCAGUGUCGAGUGCAGCACCUCUGGUUCCAGUCCAUCUUCGACAUGUUGGAGCACUUCCGGGUGCACCCGAUCCCCCUGGAGUCCGGCGGCGCCUCGGACGUCACGCUCAUCAGCUUCGUGGGUGCCACCGCCGUUCGCCAGCCGGACUUGACCAGCAGACCCCGUAGCCCUCCUCAGCCUCCUCCUCUGCCGCCGGGCCGGCCGCCGCCCCCGACUCCACCCCAGGAGAGAGGAAGUGAGACGGAGCAGGCAGGGGGAGGAGGAGCGACUGUGGUGACAAUGGCAGCAGCAGGAGGAGGCGGAGGAGCAGCAGGAGGAGGUGGAGCAGGAGGAGGAGGAGGAGGAAGCGGCGGCAGUGGAGGUGGUAGUGGAGGAGGAGUGGAGGACUGGGAGGAGAGGGACAGGGACACUCCUCUCCGCCAACUAGAAGCUGUGGAGGGAGAAGAGAGGGAUGGAGCGAGGGCGCCCCGAGCCAUCGAUAACCAGUACUCCUUCUUCUGAUGAAGGGAAGGCCAGGAGGGGGAGGAGGGAGUGUGUGUGUAUGUGUGUGUGUGUGUGUGUGUGUGUGCGCGCGUGUGUGUGAGAGCGAAAGUGAGAUCGGAUGAGGCGGCGUACAUCAUAGCCAUUCAUAACCAGUAUUUUUAUUUUGUUAGCAAGAUGGAGGAGGAGGAGGAGGAGGAGGAGGUGUAAAAGUACUAACACUAUGCGAGCAGAUGGAGAGAGGAGCGAGAGCAGCUUUACGACACUAACCUAGCGGUACAUUACUUUUAUUGUUCUAGUCAGAUAAGCUUUGUUUUUGCCGGUACGCCUCACAGCCGGCUCUUUCCUGUCAGUGAACAGCAGCGAGAGCUCGAGCCCUGUGAAGCCAGCAGCCCCGAUACCUCACGUGGUCCUGCCAAGACAGCACACGCUAACCAGAGGCCAAACAUACUCUACAGACAACUCUACUGUGGCAGGUUAGACCCCAGACGUCACACCUUCACCGCUCCACAGCGUCACAGCAACCGCCAUUAAAAAAAAACAAACAAACUCUACGCUGACGAAAACGUUCCUCGUGUAGAAAAUUAAAAGACGUGGAGUUCUGUGAGGUCAUGUACAGUCAGUGUGUUACCUGCAGUACGUUCAGGCUACUGGACGGACAAACUGAGACCUUUGCAACGAUGACGUAGACACCCACGGUCUCUCCUGAUUGGCUCUCGUCAGCUUCGACUACCAGAGGUGAAUAUGGAAACCGUUGAUUUAGAAUAUAUUCAGCUCUUUAUCUUCCCGCCAAAACAAAAUGAAGUUGAGCUCUUCCUGAUUCACUCAGCUGACCUGCUGCUGCGUGCUGAAGGUGUGCUUGUGUGUAGGUUGUAGGAAGUUCAGCGGUUGAGAAAAAGGGGAAGUUCUGGUUUCACAGGAAGAUAAAGCGCUGAAAAUAUUCCACAUGAAGAUUCAUCUAAACAGAUAUUGGAUUGUUUCGGUUUUCACGUUUUGAAAAGUGUCAAAAACAGGUGUUUUCUGCUGGCCCCGCCCACAGCGGUGAUGUCAUCACUCUGCUAGUGCACCGGUCCUCCUGCUGCUUCUAACUGAACCUCCUGCAGGAAACUCUCUGACCGGACAUGACGACCUCACACAACCCCACGUCAAACAGCCACACCUGUACCUUUAAAGUCAGGAUGACAUCAUGAUCACGGUCGUGUGUUCGAGCUGCGACACCAAACUGACGGAAAAUGUGAAUUUAAAAUCAACAUGAAACACAACAUGUGAUUGAAUGUAUGAAGAUAUUAACACUAAUGACGUGAUGUUGUUUUCCACGUGUUGACUGCUUCAGGAGCAGCAGCUGUUUAAAGUUCACACUCGUUCUAACGUCAGUGUUAUUAAACUAGUUCUAACUAGUAGUUACCCAGUAUUUACACCCAGUAACUGCUGCGGUGGAAAGUAACUAAGUACUGUACUCGAGUACAGUUUUGAGGUACUUGUAUUUUACUUGAGUAGUUUCAUUUUAUGCCACUUUUACUCCAUAACAUUUCAAACCAGAGUUACUGGUUAUUUUACAAAUUCAGAUUGUAAAUACAAAAAAAAACAACCAAAAAACCUAUGAUGACUUUAUAUAACACAAUCCUUUGUUAACGAAUAAACGAGGCUGCAACUAAUGAACGAUUUCACUAUUGAUUCAUUCGUUAAUUAAACUUUAUGAGAUAAAUAACAUAAAACAAAGAGAACCAGCUUCUCCUCAUGUUGGAGAAAAGAUCAGUUUAUAAAGCUGCUUCAUUAUAAAAUCAACACUGACACGUUUUAAAGUAUCGAUGUUGUAAUGUAGUUUAAAUGACAAUUCAACUCUAUGAAUGAGGUUAUUCUGAAUAAUGAGUAGUUUUACUUUUGAUUCUUUCAGUACAUUACACUUUCAAUAAAGUUGCACUAAACACCUAAAGGUAAGAUUUCCCUUAAAGUUUCUUCAAAAUAAAAACGGUUGCACAAAACACCCUCAAGUCUUCUCCUUGAAAUUUCCUUAAAACGUUCAAAUGUUUUUGUUCGUAUAAAAGAAGAAAUUUAAAACCCUCAGCUCCUGGUAAUUACAUUUCUUAGUUUAUCAAUAAUAAAAUAAAAAAAAUCUACAAAGAGAAUUGAUCAUUAGUUGCAGCCCUUUUUGCCCGUUGUACAGUGUUUUCAGACCGUAGGCAGAUUCAAAUGUUGAAAUGACUUUUAAAAAAGGGAAAUUUGUGAACACGUUUUCCGCUGAAUCGAUGCGUUUUUAAAUGGAGUUUGGUGCGACGUUGUGUAAUGACAGUAUGUGACGUCGGGUCCGACCGCCACAUGAACCGGAGCAGGCAGGAAACAUUUACCUCAGUCACUCAGCAGCGUCACUCAGUAUCUGCUCUCUUUCUCUUUUCUGUCUGACACACAGGAAAAAAAGCUGAAGUGGGAGACGUGCUUUUUCUUUCAGAGAGAAAUUACUGAUGAUACCAAUAACAAUAAUAUGAUGGAAAUAAUAAUAAUAAUAAUAAUAAUAAUAAUGACGGUCAGAAUAAUAGUAUUAAUUUUAUUUGUUUUUAAGACACCUUUUUAUUUUGUAUGCUUACUCCAUGUUAACACUUUUUUUCCGACUCCAUGUUGUAAUUCAGUUGAAAUGUCUUUGUGCCUUUUUUUAUUUUUGGGAUAAAAAGAAGGAAAAAAUAUAUAUAAGAUUUGCUAUAAAGCCUCAUUGUCAAGGUUUCAGUAUCCCUCACUCUCUUUUCAUGCUGUCUUCUCCUCCUCAACCUCAUCCUCCAUUCAUCAAGGGUUAAAGAAAAAAAAAACACUUAGAAAAUGUCAAUGAAAAUACCUACUUUUUCUACUUGUGCCUUUCUGUGUCUGUCGUCUCGUCAUCAGCCUCUGCCUGCGUUCCUGUCGCUCUGUCUUCAUCCAUCCUUCAGUUUAGAGCUUGCCUGUUUUUCUUUCGCACCACAUGACCUACCCAGUCAUUUCUACCGGACUUUUCUUUGCUCAUGUAUUUGUCUAUAUGCACCUUUCCCCUCCCCCCACCCCCUCCGAUCAUCAUGUUCCACGUCCUUUUCUCAGUUUCAAAACUCUUUGUGCCUUUCUCUGUCUCUUUUCUCUCUUUGCUGGGACCGUGUGUUGAGGGUGGGCGGUGUCGUCUGUCCACCCUGUGUGGUUAGUUUCAGGUACUACAUUGAAUUUAAUGAUAAUGAUAUAAUAUAAAUAUAGUGAAACAUA